GUUAGAGACCAGAAGCUCGCGAUACUUGCACUGCAAGAAACGCAUCUGGAUAAUGAGAGAGCCGCGACCUUGAACUCCAUCUUUGAAAGGAACAUGCUUGUCCUGCACUCGCCGGACCCAGACAACGCUACGGGUGGGAGAGGCAUUGCCUUUGCUAUCAACAAACACUUCUUCAAAGAGACUGCCCCGUCUGUGCGUUGUAUUGUACCUGGCCGUGCGGCGCUGCUGAUAAUCAAGUGGUCAGAGGACCGAGAACUGAGACUGCUUAACAUCUACGCACCGAAUGACCCCGCGGCAAACGCGGCCUUUUGGCGAACCCUCCGAGACGCGAACCUUGGGCGCGUCGACCUCAUGCUGGGAGACUGCAAUGUUGUUGAGGACCGCGCUGACCGGCUGCCGCAGCGUGAAGACCCGGACCUGCCGCGUGAAGCCCUGCGUGAGCUCUGCGAAAAACACCACCUCCUGGACGGGUGGAGAACGGCCAGACCCAUGGAGAAGGGGUACACUUUCCUCCAAGAGCACACGGGUGUGCAAUCAAGACUGGACCGCAUAUACGUGCGGCACCAGAUGGCGCGGGAUUGCUCGGACUGGGACAUGAGAGAACCUGGCAUUCCGACAGACCACCGGCUAGUAACGGUUGCGAUUGAGAACUACAAGGCACCCUUUAUUGGGAAAGGCCGCUGGGUCAUGCCGCCGCACCUCCUGAAUGACGACGUAAUGAAGAAGACGAUGAAGGAACUUGCGGCAGCCCUCAUAAGCAGGCUGGACUCGAUCCGCGCAAGGACGCCGACGGAGAAUGCGCAGGUGGCGUAUCUGAGCUUCAAGAAAGAUCUAAUUCAGGCUGCGCGGGCGAGGGCCAAAGCUAAAGUGCCUAAGAUACAGCGCCGCAUCGACGCAAUCAAGGAAGACCUCGGCAAGCUC